AUGGGGGAUCAGCAGAUGUACAAAGCUAAUCAUACAGUCCAUGGUAAUGAGAACCUUUACUACCAACAACCAGCGCACAAUGCUCUGAGUGGGGGCAAUGGGAUCAACCACAGUUAUGGGGGCACUGCGUCAGCAGGGGGUGGCAUGGAAGCUUCCCAGACCUCUCCCCUUUCCCCCCACUUCCCCCAGGACUCUCAGGACAGCCUGGGCCUGGCAGCUGGUUCCAAGAAUCUCGGCUUGAUGGACAACUCAAGGCCAGAGAGUUGGGGGGGCCACGCUGGACCAAACAAUCACAUCCAGCUGCGUGGCGGACUCGCCAAUCCGAAUGUGAUGUGGGGGGCAUCUGCUCAGGUGGAGCCUGCCGAAGGCUACCCGUACGCCUAUCCUCAGGCCGGUGACCUCCGGGCCCAGAAGAUCACCAGUGGUGUCCUCCACAAGCUGGACUCUUUCACCCAGGUGUUUGCCAACCAGAACCUGAGGAUCCAGGUCAACAACAUGGCCCAGGUGCUCCAUAGCCAGUCGUCGGUGAUGGACGGUAGCAGUGACAGCGCCCUCCGCCAGCUACUGUCCCAGAAGCCCUCCGAACCUCAGGCGGUGGCCGCGCCUCCCGCCGUGCCCCCCCGCUACCAGCAGAUACCCCAUCAGGCCCACUCUGGUUUUGCCAAUGGCCCGCCGAGACCCGCUCUUCAGGGCGGGCAGCACCCCUCCCAGGCCCAUCUGUAUUAUGACUACCCGCAGCAGAUGGCCCAGAUGCCCGCCCAGGGCGGCCAGCCCAUGCAGGGCCAGCAGAUGCUGCCCCAGCCAAUGCCGCCGAUGCAGCAGGCCCACUACUACCUGCAGCAGCCCCAGUCAGGACAGCAGCGGAUCCCCAUCACAGACAUGCAGCCACCGCAGGCGCAGCCGCAGAGCAGGGCCCAGCAGCUGCUGCCACCGCCGCCGCCCCAGAGACCCUGCUCCAUACAGUUACCUCAUUAUUAUCCGACACAGCCCAUGAUGCCCCAGUUACAGCAGCAGCAGCCCCAGCAGCCGCCGCCGCCACCGCCGCCAAUGCAGCUCCAGCCCCCCUCCUAUCACAGGGAGCCUGGCCCCAAAUCUGUGCAUGAUCCCCACCAGUACCCCCCGGAGCAGGCCAGCCACCCGGUCCAGCUCAUCCAGCUGGGAUCUGUGCCCCAGUACUUCUACCAGGACCCUCAGCCGCAAUACGGCCGGCACUUCUACCCACAGGGCCUCCUGCAGCAGCAGCAGCAGCAGCAGCAACAACACCGGGACAACGUGCAGCAGAAGAGUUACCAGAGUGACCGGCAAGCCCAGGCCAUGCUGGCCUCCCACGGCGGGCUGGGGCUCCCCGACCCAGGGCCGGAGGAGAUGAACUCGGUGGGCAACAGUCUCACCCAUAGACCUCUCCUGUCACAAGCGGGGAUUCACCUCAACAGCAAGGGACCCCCGCACCCGCAGCUGUCUCCUGGCUCUGUGUGGUCCCAGAUGCAUCUUUCUGAUGGCCGAGCCCAGCCAGUGUCCCCUGAUCCAAGUGCUCAGCCCCCAGGGGUAUUUGGGGAUCAGCUCGAUGCUAAGAACAAAUUGACGUGUUCCAUCUGCUUCAAGGAGUUCAAGAGUCUGCCUGCCCUGAACGGCCAUAUGAGGUCGCACGGGGGCAUGCGAGCCUCCCCCAACUUCAAGCAGGAGGAAGGAGAGAAGGCUCUGCAGCUCCAGCCACCUCCGCCACCCCAGCAGCAGCAGCCACCGCCGCCACCGCUGCCGCCCCAGUCGCAGCUCCCUCCUGAGGUGGAAAACCCCCUUCCUAUCGUCAUGCCCGUGUCUGUCCCUGUCAAGCUUCUCUCACCUGAGCCCAGCCCACAGGUCAUCACCAACAACAUCACUGCUGCCAGAGACAAGCCAGCCAGCUCCAUGUCGGACGACGAGAUGCCCGUUCUCGUGAGGAUGACCCUCUCUCCCCCGAAUUCACCCAAAGUGGCUGCCCCCUGUGCACCCUCUGAAAUUCCCAGAAAGCAUCAGCCAGGCAUGGCCAGAGCUGAAGAACACUUUAAGCCCACCCAGGACAAGAAGAAAUAUCGUCACCGUCCAGAACCACUCUUUAUCCCCCCUCCUUCCUUCAACUUGAACGCCUCCUCUUACUCAGCUGCCACCUUGUAUCAGAGCCAGCUGCGAUCCCCGCGCAUCCUUGGGGACCACCUCCUGGACCCUGCCCAUGAGCUGCCUCCCUACACGCCCCCACCUAUGCUGAGCCCUGUCCGGCAGGGUUCUGGCCUCUUCAGCAAUGUCAUCAGCACCUCCUCUCACAGUGGCCCCCACCCGCAGCUGCCACUCACUCCUCUGACACCCACACCUAGAGUGCUCCUCUGCCGCUCAAACAGUGUUGAUGGUGGCAAUCCAGCACUCACACCAGGCCUUGGGGAACAGGCAGUGGACAUUGAACCACGCAUCAACAUUGGUGUGAGAUUCCAAGCAGAGAUCCCCGAACUUCAGGAUGUGUCUUCCCUGAGCAAUGACACACACAAGGCCACACUGGUGUGGAAGCCCUGGCCAGAGCUAGAAAACCAAGAAUUCCAAAAGAGAGUGGAGAAUCUGUUGAAUUUGUGUUGCUCAAGCGCAUUGCCAGGAGGAGGGACAAAUUCUGAAUUUGCCUUGCACUCUCUCUUUGAGGCCAAAGGUGAUAUUAUGGCUGCUUUGGAAAUGCUCCUGCUGAAGAAACCCAUCAGAUUUAAAUGUCAUCCUUUAGCAAAUUACCACUAUGCUGGAUCGGACAAAUGGACCUCCCUAGAGAGAAAACUAUUUAAUAAAGCACUAGCCACUUACAGCAAAGAUUUUAUUUUUGUACAGAAGAUGGUAAAGUCUAAGACUGUGGCCCAAUGUGUUGAGUACUACUACACAUGGAAAAAAAUCAUGCGCUUAGGGCGGAAACAUCGAACGCGCCUUGCAGACAUCAUAGAUGAUUGCGCGACAAGUGAGGAAGAGGAGGAAAUAGAAGAUGAGGAUGACCUGGAAGAAGACAGAAAGUCUGCAAAGGACGAUGACCCAGAUGUGCAGAAGUCUCCAGAUCCUCCCCCCAUCACACUUGUGGCACCCAUAGACCUACCAUCGCUUCAGAGCCUUACGCCCUCCUCCGCCUCCUUUGUCUGUGAAAUGCCAAACUGUGGUGCUGUGUUCAGUUCUCGCCAGGCACUGAACGGCCAUGCUCGCAUCCACGGUGGUACAAACCAGGUUGCCAAAGCCCGGUGCUCAGUUCCCCCUGCAAAGCAGAAACAAGGUGCCCAGAGUGGGUACUGCUCCGUGAAGAGCUCACCAGCUCACAGCACAACGAGUGGUGAGACUGACCCAACCACUGUCUUCCCUUGCAAGGAAUGUGGAAAGGUGUUUUUCAAGAUCAAAAGCCGUAAUGCCCACAUGAAGACCCACAGACAACAGGAGGAACAACAGAGACAAAAAGCCCAGAAAGCUGCAGUUGCCGCCGAAAUGGCAGCUGCUAUCGAGAGGACUACUGGGCCAGUGGGCCCUGGGUUGAUUCCCCUGGACCAUCUCGGUUUAAUAAAACACGUGGAGGAUGUGGACAUUCUUGGUGACGAUGUCGUUCAGGAGUUGGGAGGUGUCAUGGAAGAGAAUGAAGUCGUGGGCGCAGAUCUCCUCUUGGACGAUGACACCACUCUGCUUCAGGCCAACACAGAACUGUAAAGAACCCCACGUCCCUGAGAGGCAGUUCAGGCCCUUGGAGCUCAUCCUUACUGGUCAGGAAUCUAUGACUGCCUGCUUCAUUUGCAACCAUUUUAAACUACCUGUUUUUAAAAGGAGUUCCUUUUAUUCAGGUCUAAAAAACAAGAAAAUCCUUAUUUUUUUCCUUUUCUAAAAAAAAAAAAAAGAGAGAGAGAGAGAGAGAGAAAAUUUUGUGGUGGGGGGUGGGGGGAAAUAAAUAAUUGGCACAAAUAUCUUUAAGAAAUGUUUCAUCUGGGUAAUGUUCUCACGAGUUAACUCCUAACAGCUACUGAAGAUGAGUCCACCCCAUCCUGGUGUUUCGAAGGAAAUAUCUCAAAUCUCAGGCAUCACGUUUGUAUUUUACCCAAAGCUUCACAUGUCACUUCACAUGUUCACUUGGAGGGUGCUACAGAUUUAGGUUGAGGACUCAGGCCAUGCUUUUCCAGGGCAGUGCAAGAGUCCAUAUUCCACUGACCCAUUGCGUCUUUGCAACUGGAUGCAGCGGGUCGUAAAUUGGGCAAAACGAGCCCUUUUCUGUCAUUGUUCCUUCAUACACAUCCUUGGAUGAGUUACACCUGUGUGAAUGAAGGUCCAUCUACCCACUGCCUUUCUUGUCAACGGUGGUUCUCUUUACAGGCAUCGGCAUGCCAUGUACUCUCAGGCUUCUCUCCGUCGGGUUCUUAAUAAGGCAGUCAUUGGCCAUUCCCCGAGAUGGGAGGACGGGAGCCUGCUUGGGAAUGAAAUGCCAGUUAGGAGGGGCACAUUCAGUGACCUGACCCUCCGGUGGUGCGAGACGGGGCGAGGAGGAUCCCAGGCUACAUGCCGAAAGAAGGGAGUUACACCAAUAGAGGAGCGGGGCAGGUCUUCCAUUUGUAGGGAAGACGAGAAAGUAGUUGUCUUAGGAAACAGGCUUUAUGGAACAAAGUAGCUGG